AUGGCAAAUAGGAAUGUAACCGAAUUUGUUCUAUUGGGUCUCAUGAGGAAUCCUGAGAUGCAGAAAGUCAUAUUUGCUCCAUUUUUAAUCAUUUAUAUUAUCACUGUCCUGAGUAAUAUGCUCAUUGUGAUCACCAUUGCUUCUAGUCAGACUCUGGUCUCGCCAAUGUACUUCUUUCUAGCAUUCUUGUCUCUGAUAGAUGCUUUCUACCCAUCAUCAAUGAUCCCCAAAAUGCUUGUGGAUCUGCUCCGUGAGAAGAAAACCAUCUCCUUCAAUGCAUGCAUGACUCAACUUUUUCUAGAGCAUUUUCUUGGGACUUGUGAGAUUUUCCUCCUAAUACUAAUGGCCUUUGAUAGGUAUGUGGCCAUCUGCAGACCUCUGCACUACACGACAAUAAUGAACCACCGCCUUUGCUGUUGUCUCAUUGGAUUGGCUUGGAUGGUGGCCUUCCUGCAUUCAAUAGGACAGAUUUUCACCAUAGUCUGGCUUCCUUUCUGUGGCCCCAAUGUUAUAGAUCACUUUUUGUGUGACGUUAUUCCCUUGAUUCAACUUGCCUGCACAGACACCUCCCUCAUUGGUCUGUUGGUUAUCGCCAAUGCAGGGUUAAUAUCAAUGAUUUGCUUUGUUGUUUUGAUGUUCUCCUAUGUGAUAAUCCUUUGUUCUCUGAGAAGUUACAGCUCUGCAGGGAAACGAAAGGCUCUGUCUACUUGUAGCUCCCACAUCACUGUGGUAAUCUUGUUCUUUCUCCCCUGUAUGUUCAUGUACCUUCGACCAGUAACUACAUUCUCCAUAGAUAAAACUGUAACUGUAUUUUACACUCUUAUCACCCCUAUGUUAAACCCACUCAUCUACACAGCAAGAAAUGAAGAGGUAAAAAAUGCCAUGAGGAAGUUAUGGGGUAGAAAAGUGGCUUCAGAUUAUAAAUGA